AUGGAUUUUCUGUGCGGUAGGUUUUUUUAAAGCGGGUCCUUUCAAAGCAACCUCUUUGGAUUUCGGCGUGAGAGCCUUCUCAAUGCCUUAGUGAUUUGCUCUAGAAACUGCCAGUAGUUCACAAUGUAUCAAAGUCAUUGAAUGUGCUGUUUGUAAAUCCCGUAAUCAGCUUGCCGUCUCGAAAAGACAAUGAUCAUUUUUUUAAAUGCUUUUUGUAAUAUCGUUAUUAUCAAACAACUUAACUUGAAAUUUUCUUCAUUUUUUACGUCCGUUUCUGCCUGCUCCCUGCUGUCUCCUCUCGUCUUACGUCAGCCCAAGGAGAUAAGAAUCACCUGAUCAACGGUAUUCAGGAGGCUCUAGCACCUGACUCUGGCCAAUCAGUGAGGGCCAAAAUAUCGAUCGGAAACAAAUCAAGAGCUGAGAUACAUGCAGCGCAAGCAACUAACUGGCAAGUUGGUUUGGUUGCUAUCGCCACACCUAGUAGACUACUGCGAAAGGACAAUCCAUGCAUCGAAAAGAAGUAAACUUGACUGGUCAACAAAUACAUUUAUUCGUGUGA